AUGUGGAAUGGAACAGAUGAUUGUGUACUGCGGCAGAGAGCAUUGAAAAAAACACGACAUAGUGAUUCCGGGCUGACGAUUUUGAAUAAAAGUAGAUUAGAUACGAUAAGGCUAUAUUUGCUGAGUGAAGACGAUCGUCAUGACUUUCUAAGGAAAGAAGUCGUGUUGCGGAAAAGAAACAUUAAAUUUAUAAGCAGUGUGACGAGCAGAAACGACGGAUGGGUCCCGGAGUACGAUGCCAUACACAAGAAUAGGAGACGAACUAAGAAACAGAAAAGGGUGUUUAAUGAGGUGCUCAAGUAA